AUGGCCAAACUCUUUUCGAAGCUGCCCAACACGCACUCUGGGCAGGAGAAAGAAAAUCCUCGGCACAGGCAGCAGCAGCAAGAAGCUUCCGCCCAGUUUCAGGAGAGCCGGUACGUGUUGUUGCCUCAAGAAGGAAGCUUCCUCUCUACUUCCCAGCUAACCAGCUCGAACCAUAUCCCAACCACCAACCCCAGGCCUUCACAGGUGUUCCCCCACCCACAGGUCUCACAGGGCUCACAGGGCUCGCAGGGCUUAGAUAGGGACCGAUCAAGGGGUGCAGCAGGGGAUGAGAGGAUACUGUCGGCCGCUGGAUUGACUGUUCCUGCUGCUGCGCCUUCUUCGUUCGGUGCAGUUGGGUCUGUUCUUACGGCUGGAGAAACGGGUGGUAACCCGAGUGCUGCUGGUAACCAAGCUAUGGUUACAGAGGCGCCAAGCUCCGUGCUUCCCUUCCUGGGCUUCUCUAGGAGCUCCCUCCACGCCCCUAGGUUCCUGCGGCCCCCUAAACUCCUCUCCUUGUCCCUGAUGCCUGGUGGUGGUGCUGCUGCUGGGAAGGCGGGGAUGGGCAAGGAGGAGGGAAGGGGUAAGGACGGAAGAGGCAAGGAGGAGGAGGGGAAGGAGGAGGAAAGGGGGAAGGAGGAAGGGGUGAAGCAGAAGCAGAAGGGGAAGGGGAAGAGGGUGGGGUUUGGUGCGGUGGAGUGUGUUGCAGGGCCUCCUGCCGCUGCUUUAUCGGGUAUGUGGAGGGCGGAGGAAAGGUGGGAGGAGGAAAGCAGGGAGGUGGAGAAGGGGGAGGAGGAGUGUGGGAGAGGCAAGGAGAACAGGGGAGUGAAGAGAGCUAGUGUGAGUGGAGUGGAGUGUGUAGCAGGGCCGCCUGCAUCUGCUCUUGUGGGCAUAUGGAGGGAAGAAGAGAGUCAUGAGGAGGAGGAGAGUGGAUAUGGUAAGAGAAAGGAAAGGGAAGGGAAUGGGGCUAAAAUCGUGGGUUUGGGUGCUGCGGAGCGUGUAGCAGGGCCAUUGGGUUCUGCUUUAUCGGGAGUGGAAGGUGCAGGUUUGGAGGAGAGGUUUGAUGCGGGCAGGUUGAAAAAACAGAUGGCUUGUGAGCUGGAAGCAGCACUGGCGAAGCAGGAGAUUAUAAUGAAGCGGCAGGAGAUGCUUAUAAAGGAGGGGAAGAAAAGGGAGGAGAGAGCGAGAAAGGAGAAGCAGAGGAGGGAGGAGAGGAUGAAGAGGAGGGAGGAGAGGGCAGGUGGGAAGGGCGGGGAGAGAGUGUGGAGGGAAGUGGGGACGGAGGGGGAGAGGGAAGUGGAAAGGGAGGAGGAGGGAGAGGGGGAGGGGGAGAGGGAGGGAGAGAGGGAGGGGGAGAGGGAGGGGGAGAGGGAAGUGGUGAGGGAGGGGGAGGGGAAAGGGGAAGGGGGGUAUGGAGCUGCAUCGGAGGAGAGAGGGGCAGAUGGUGUGGAGGCAACUGUAGCAGCGGAUGUGGUAGGGCGUGUAGGUGCGCAUGUAGCAGCAGGUAUAGGACAGGAUGUAGCAGGGUCUGUAGCAGCAGGUAUAGGACAGGAUGUAGCAGGGUCUGUAGCAGCAGGUAUAGGACAGGAUGUAGCAGGGCCUGUAGCAGCAGGUAUAGGACAGGAUGUAGCAGGGUCUGUAGCAGCAGUUAUAGGACCGGAUGUAGCAGGGCCUGUUUCGUUUGCAGUGGAUGUAGCAGCAGCGGCUGCUGCUGAUGUAUCUGGUGCUGAUGUGGCUGUUGUCGAUGGCGAUGUGGCUGUUGUUGACGUGGCAAUUGGAGAUGUGACUGAAGCUGAUGUUGCUAAAGGCAAGGGCGCUGGGAAGAAAGGCACGAAAGCUGCAGCAGUGACUAAAAGAAAGGGCGUUCUUAAAAAGGGGGGAAAGGGGAAUAAGGAGGGCGACAGGGGCAGUGCAGCAGUGAAAGCGGGUGCGAAAGCAGGCAAGGGAGAGAAAGAGGGACAAGGUGCCAGCAGCGUUCAGACUGCCGUGAGCGCUACAGCCGCCACUGCUACAGCCGCCACUGCUACAGCUGCUGGCGGUGAGCAUUUUACUGUGCACACCCCUCCUCCCAGCAUUGCCCGCAUCCAAUCGUUGAGCGACAGCUGGCGUGCAAGCCACGAGGAGAUGUUUUUCCAGCUGCUGUGCUCGCGGGGGGCAGCACUGCUGGGAGGGAUGGGGGGAGGUGCAGGGCUGGGGGGUGGGGCAGGGAUAGGGGAAGGGGCAGGGCUGGGGGGAGGUGCAGGGAGAGGGGGAGGAGGAGAUGGGGAAGCAGGGAGAGGGGAAAGAGCAGUCGGAGGGCUGCUGCCGUUGGGGGGAAGAGGGGCAGGGAAGAGGGGAGGGGUAGACAUGGGGGGAGGGCCAAGGAUGGGGGGAACGAGAGGGAUGGGGGGAGGAGAUGGGGGGCUGCUGCCGCUGUUGGCAAGGGCUGGGAAAGGAGGAAAGGGAAGAGGGGAGGAGGAUGGAGUGGGGAGAGGAGUGGAAAAGGUGGACGGGAGUAAGGGGAAGGGUUGUGGGGAGGAUGGUGGAAGCAAGCGGGAGAGGAGUGAGAGGGAAGAGGAUGAGAGAGGAAGGGAUGGUGUGAGAAGAGGAGUGAGUGUGACGCAGUGUGAUUAUGAAGAGAGUGCUUUUGAGCUGACUCAGGAUUCACCUCGUCUCAAUGUCACAAGGGUGAAACUAGAAGGAGCGGGUGUGACUGAGUGUGGUUGGGAGGAGGAGGGUUGCUGUGAUGUGGGGGAGGGCAACGACAAACAGAGAUUUCUGGGAAUGCUGAGAGAUAUCUCAUCUGGGGAGGAAAAGGGCAAGCAAACCACACUUCCUCAGUCGAAGCGAGGAAAAGGGAAGGCUAAAAAGAAGCAGGCGCCUCUACAGCUGGGAGGUGCAGGGGGAAGGGCAGAGGCAGGGGCAGAGGCAGGGGAAGAGGCAGGGGCAGAGGCAGGGGCAGAGGAAGGGGCAGAGGAAGGGGCAGAGGAAGGUGCAGAGGAAGGGACAGAGGAAGGGGCAGCGGCAGGGGCAGAGGAAGGGGCAGAGGCAGGGGCAAAGGAGGGGGCAGAGGCAGGGGCAGGGGAAGAGGCAGGGGAAGAGGCAGGGGAAGCUGGUGCUCCGCUAGAGGCUGAUGCAUUACAAGGCCAUGAAGUGAGACAGCUAGAGGCAGAUGCGCUACAAGGCGGUAGAGAGACAAGAGAUUUAUCCCCUCUCACGGCAGAUGCAUUACAAGGUAGUGUGAGGGAGAAAGGCAUCAAGAGCCCGCGCAAGCCUAAGAAGCAAAAGGAGGUGAAAGAGAAGGUGAAGGAGAAGAAGAAAGAGAAGGAGAAGGAGAGGGAGAAAGAGAAAGAGAAGGUGAGUGGGGUGAAGGCAGGUGGGAAGAAGGGGAGGGCGAGCACAGGAAAGGUGGAUGCUGGAGGGAAAAGUGUCACUACUGCUGCAGCUGGUUCCACAGCCAUUGCGACAACCACUGUUGCAACUGCCGCUGCCAGUGCAACAGCCUCUAUUCCAGAGCAUGGAAAAGCACGGGGAAUGGGCAGCGGCACAGCAGAAGAACCAGCAGAAGGUGUUCUACUGAUAAACGGCAGCAAAAAAGCAGACGAAUUAGAAAAUGGGGUGGAGGGCCGAGCAAGGGGAGGAUCAGCAGCAGUUUUGAAAAUCCUAGAAAACGGUUCAGAUAUUGAAGGCAGCUUUCUUGCAGGAGAUAUGGAGAGUGGUCUGGGGAAGGAAACAACAACAGAGGCUGGGGAAGGAUCAGAAGCAGGGGAGAGCAAGGGGGAGGAGGCUGUAGGAGGAGGAUUAGCAGCAGGGGAUGGCGGAACUACAAAGCUUGGAGCGUCAGCUGCAGCAGAUGCAGGUCCGGAAGAUGGAGCUAGAAAGCUGAGCACGAGCAGUAGUGAAGUGAGAGCGCUGGCAAUGCUGGUGACUGAACUGGCCUGUGGGCCGGGGCAAGGGCGCGAAGACGUGACUGUUGAGGCGCCUCAUAAGGCUACUGUUGUGGCAGACUUGGCUUGUGUGCAGGUGCAAGGGCGAGAGGAGGUGAGAGAGGUGCAGCAGCGAGGGGAGGUGAAAGAGGAGGAUACUCCUGCUGCUGCUGCUGCUGCUGCUGCUGGUAAAAGAGCACAUGCGCUGGGGGAAGAGGAGUUCAAGGAGGCACGGCAAGAGGAGGCGUUUGGAGUAGACCUGGGGCAUCAGGCAGAGCCGGUUGCUGCUGCUGCUGCUGCUGCUCCUGCUGCUGCUGCUGCUGGAGAAUUUGCAAACCCUGCAUCUGUUGCAUGCUCUGCUGCAAAUUCUGCUGCUGCAGCUCCAAAGGGUGCAAGCACCCCGGCACAGGGACGGCAGAGGGCAGUGUCCUUCCACCCGGAUGUGCUUGUAAAGACCUUUGCAGUGGAGGCGGGGCAGUUACGGCGCAAGGUGGUGAGGAAGAGGCGGCACCGGCAGCAGCUGAUCGACGUGCCUGUUGCUGUGGUGGCUGCUGCUGUUGCUGCUGCUGAAGCUGCCGCCGCAGCUGCUGCUGCUGCUGCUGCCGCCAUGCAGGAAGCCUCAGCAGCAGCAGCAGCAGCACCAGUACCAGCACCAGCAGCAGGAGCAGCAGCAGCAGCAGCAGCAGAAUAUGUACAGGUCUUCCGUCCCACUUCAGGCUCCUCUUCAGGUGCCGUUUCUGCCGCCGCCCCAGGUGGCUCCUCAGGUGCCGUCUCAGGUGCCUGGUGA